CCCUUCGUGGCUACACGCUUGACGUCGCCGGGGCCCGGCUUCGACCGGCUCCGAGCGGUGAGAGCGAGCGGUGGUCGGAUCCCAAGCUGAUAGAUCGGGAAAGGAUGCCAGGCUUUCCGUGGAGGCCCAAACUCCUCUUCUCCCCAUGGGCAGCUGCCAGGCAGGGCACAACCUGCAUCUCUGUCUGGCGCACCACCCACCUCUGGUCUGUGCCACUUUGAUGGUUCUGCUUCUUGGCCUUUCUGGCCUGGGCCUUGGUGGCUUCCUCCUCACUCGCAAGACUGGCCUGCGCAGCCCUGACAUCCCUCAGGACUGGGUCUCCUUCUUGAGAUCUUUUGGCCAGCUGACCCUCUGCCCUGUGACUAGAAAAGUCACGGGGGAGUGGCAUGGGUCCCACAUCGUGGGCUUGCUGACCACCUUGAACUUCGGAGAUGGUCCAGACAGGAACAAGACCCAGAUAUUCCAAGCCAAGGUUCUGGGUAGUCAGAUGGGAUUGAAAGGACCUUCUGCAGGAGAGUGGGUCCUCGUUACAGCCAGGGUCACCACAGAAAGGACCCCAGGUAUCUGCCUGUAUUUUAGUGCCGCUCCAGGACUUCUGCCCUCCAGCCAGCCACCCAUAUCCUGCUCGGAGGAGGGAGUAGGAAAUGCCACCCUGAGCCCUAGGGUGGGUGAGGAUUGUGUUGGGGUCUGGAGCCAGGAAGGCCUUGUGCUCACCAAGCUGCUCACGUUGGAGGAGCUGGCUCUGUGUGGCUCCAGGCUGCUGGUUUUGGGCUCCUUCCUGCUUCUCCUCUGUGGCCUUCUCUGCUUUUUUACUGCCGUGUGCUUUCAUCCACGCCGGGAGUCCACCUGGUCUAGAACCCGGCUCUGAGGGCACUGGCCUAGCUCCUGUCUUGUUCUCAGGUGUGAAUCAACUUCUCCGGCCUUGGUUCUGAGUUGGAAGAGAUGUUACAGAAAGUGGAGAGCUAGAAUGUGGUGGGAAAUAAAAGGA